GUUUAAAUCAGCUGUUUUAUUUGUUUUCGUUUGCUGAUUAAAAUGGGUUCCUUGCUCUUUGAUAUUAAAUUAAAGAGAGAGAAUAAGGUUUACUAUGAAAAUGACAUGCUUUUGGGCUGCGUACAGUUUCAGUGCUCGCAGGAGACGAAACAUGAAGGAAUUAUGUUGUAUCUUGAAGGAAUCGUUAAUCUGCAAUUGAGUGCCAAAACUGUGGGAUUAUUUGAUGCUUUCUACAACUCAGUGAAGCCCAUUAAUCUGCUGCAGAAUAGCCUGGAGCUAUCGGCCCCCGGAAAAUUGAGCGCCGGCCGCUCGGAGUUCCACUUCGAAUUGCCUUUGGUGUGCAAAAAGGAGCCGCGAAUAUUGUACGAAACAUACCAUGGUGUUUUCAUCAACGUUAAUUACCAGCUCAAUUGCACCAUGAAGCGCAAUUUUCUGGGCAAAUCCAUGACCAGAAUCCAGCAGUUCUGCGUGCAGUAUAAGCCAGUGGCUUUGAGCGAGGAUUCCCAGAAGGUUGUGCCCUUCAGCUUGAGUCCGGACUCGUUGCAAAAGAAUGCCAGCGCCAAGGAGAGAUUGUCCAUGCCGAGAUUCCUGAUCACUGGACGUCUGGAUCGGAGUGAAUCCUGUGUAACCACCCCGAUCACCGGCAGCAUUACUGUCCAACACACGGAGGCUGCCAUUAAGUCCAUCGAAAUGCAAUUGGUUCGAGUGGAAACCUGCGGUUGCGAUGAGGGCUACUCCAAAGAUGCCACCGAAAUCCAGACUAUACAAAUAGCUGAUGGCAAUGUGCUGCCGAAGUUAGAGCUCCCCAUUUACAUGGUUCUGCCCAGAUUGUUCACCUGCCCAACGCUCCUCACAAAGAACUUCAAAAUCGAGUUUGAACUGAAUCUGGUUGUGGUAUUUAAGGAGGACUACACGGUUAGUGAGAACUUUAAAAUAGUCUUAAAACGCUCGGUUGGCCCACUGCACAGCAAAAUUACCACUGCAGGACGUUGAUAAAAUUUCCCUUUUUCCGAAUGGCAGCUAUUUUAUUGUUAUACAAAAGAGUGCUAAAUGUAUACAAGUUAAUUUUUUGGACAAUUUGCACCACAAAUCCUGUUAUGAUGUAUCUCAAAAAUAUACUUUGUAAAGAAUCUUCAAAAAGGCAACUAAUGUAUUACUUAAAGCUAGUAUACAAAUAAAUAAUUACAAAUACAA